CAUCGCCUGUAUGGAGGUAGUUGAUACACAGCGCUGAGAGAGACGUCUCUCUAUUCUCUCACUCACACUCGUUCUCUUACUCUCUCUCGCUUAAAAUCUCCAUCGUUACGACACUCCCACGUGUGUUUGUCGUAACGUGUGGGUCGUAACAGAAGUGGUCGUUCAUGAACUGUGAAUGAUUAAAGUGACCAGUAAGUUGCAGUGGUUACAUUAUAUUAAGUAACGUUAUAAUUAGUUUUUACGAUAAUUAGUGACCCUUCAAGUUUUGAACUGACACUUAACUUCAUGACGUAUCAAAGGCGAUUGGCUAAACUCUGCAUUUUUUUAUAGUGUCCUAAAAAAUUUGGCAAAUCGAAAGUUAAAAAUAGAAAAAAAUCCCGGACUAGAUGAAUAAAUUUGUCACCGCGUUCUGGCGCAAGGACCUAAAUGACGCUCUAUAUGUUUUUUAGGAGCCAGAAUUCAGCAGCGAUACAACAAAACCCUUUCUUCUGAGGAAUCUCACCCAACGGGAGAUUUAGAGAGCAGCCUUGUCAGUCAGACAGGAAGGAAGAACCAGCAACAUUGAUACAAACUAGCUUUGCCACUGAUUGGCAGCACAGAAAUAAUAUUUCCCCCAAUCAGGGUGCCUGGGGAGUUUGCAUUUUCAGUUAACUGAUUCUAACUGAAGUCAUCCCUUGUUUGGACCUGAGAUUUUGCUAACUGGGCCCGAUUUCUCGAUUGGAGGUUUUAUAGGCUCCGUGUUCUGUAGUUUAUUUCUGAUGUUGCGACAGUAUCAGACUCUCUGGCUAGUGGCGACAGCCCUUACCUCCCUGGUGCUGCCAUCUCUUGCUGGCAGCAAGAAGCAACACGAAUCAUCAGGGGAGGUCAUAAUCAAUGCAGAUCCAGUCUGGAACAUCCGCCACGUCCUUCCUCCUCUGGAUCUCCAGAACAACUCAGUUAUCGACGUCAAAGUAAACGUCGGCGAUGUAGCCUAUUUGCCUUGUAGAUUUCCCAAGAUUUCUUCCACGCAUCUACUUGAGGUAUCCUGGAUAAGACGGUCUGACUGGCAUAUCCUGACGACCGGGACUUACUCCUACACAUCUGACGUGAGAUUCAACGUCCUGCAUAAGGAAGGGUCCGACGACUGGACUUUGCAGUUGAAAUACGUAGACAUCAGGGACAAUGGGACGUACGAAUGCCAGUCAUCCACGGGUACGGGUGUCAUGUCCAAGUACGUAAACCUGCACGUGAGCAAACCAAAAGCAACAAUACACGGGCCGCCGGAACUUCACGUGCAAGAAGGCGAGACUGUCUCGCUCGUUUGUGUCAUACAACAGAGUAAACCACCAUUCGUAUUUUGGUAUCACGGCAUUAAUUUGGUCAACAACGAGGACGAGAGGAGCCGAUUCGACGUCGACACAAUGGUCGAAGGAGGAAAGACGACGUCGAGUCUCACAAUUAAAGAAACAAGGUACGACGACUCAGGGAAUUACUCCUGCCUCCCACCGCACGUGGAUCCUGCUUCUGUUAUGGUCUAUGUCACGAAAGGUGACGAAGCGGCAGCCGUCCAAAGACGCGGAGCUUCCUCGGGGAUUUCUGUGGAGCCGCCCUCAGCAUCUUUCAUCCUCUCUGUAUUUGUCAUCUUCAAGAUCUCCAUUCCAAGAAUCCUCUGUGACAGAUGAUAUGCUUUGAAUGAUUACGAAAAGUUUUCUUUAUUUACUUUUAUUUUUGUCUCGAAGCAUCGCCUAUUCCUCCUUUCACAAAAUGUAUUUUCUAAGGGGCUCUAAGGUUCGUUCUCUGUUCCAUCUGUUCGUCUCCCUUUUUAGCAACGGCAUUUUUCUUCGGCUCUUUUGAUGAAUAUUUGAUGGCGAAUGCAGGAGGAUUCCGAGAAAAACAUUAAUUUAUAUCUGCUGACAUUUAGGAAUGAACUUGUUAAUUAAAAGUAUUCUUCUUCUUCUAUUUUAUCAAUUGAUAAUAGCACACACUUCCAUUCGAUUCUUUCCUUUGCUUAUUCACGACGGGCGAUGCCUGAUUGAGUUCUGAAUAACUCAGAGAUGCCGGAGUGAAGCAGAAUUUGAAAUGAUGCGAAACAUCUUAGAAGAGAUACAUGACAUAUGUUUUUCGUCUGUUUGUAUUAUUUAUUUAAAAGGGAACACCCGUGUUAAAAGUAUACUAAAGCCUUUUAAGAAAAUGAGUCUGGUAGCAAGGGAUGAAAAUUCAUGAACGAGUACUGAAAAGGUCAGAGGUAUACCAGUCAUCGCCUUGCUAGAAGGGUGUAUAAUAUUGCUGACUCAAGGAACGUUUAAUAAUACUAAUAAUUAUAAUGGGGGACGUUUGCUAUUUACAAUCCUACUUGUUCUCAAAGGUUAUACUUCUCAAAUCCUCCAACUAAGCUGUCAGGGUGGUCAACUUUCCAUUAGCAUGAAUUUUACCUCAAAAUUAGGAACCAACACUCAAACCUUUUUCACUAUCACAGUUUUAUCUUAUACAUACGGCGUAUAUAUACAUAUCCAUCAACUCUAAUACUCACGCACACAUAAAUAUGCACAAUUGUAUGUAUGUAUGUAUGUAUGUAUGUAUGUAUGUAUGUAUGUAUGUUUGUAUGUAUGUAUGUAUGUA